CUAUAGUCAGGAUGCGACGGCGACGGCAAGUAUGAAGCGAGCGUCUGAGUGAGGAGAUGCUGGUUUUUCAAGCACGUUGAACAGAACAACGACGAGUCUAGAGCCGGGAGGUCUGGGGAGCUUGCUCUGGGGAUGGGCUGUGCGUAUUGCGUGUAUCGAGUUCCCGAAGAAGCUUCGCUAGCUGGAGGAUCGGUGAUUUCGCCAUGCUAUUGGGUUUAGUAUCAGAUGGUUAACUGCCAGGCACUGUUGACACUGCCACUUGCGGAUGGGCUCGGGCUGAGACUGAGCAGAUCGACGGCCACAGUAGAAGCAGCUCAAUCGCUUUUUAAAGAGGGACGGCAUGGCUGGCUACAUGCGACAAAACGUUGAGGGUUGAGCGUCGCUGGCGAGCAGAAGUCUUUUUUUUCUCGAGAUAAACGCGAGGAGUUAAGACAGGCAACACAGCAAUCGCCGAGAGCUUGGCGCGCCUGUGGUAAAGGAGGUUGGGCAUGGCUGGUAUAAAUAUACAACUCAACCAUCUGAAAGGAAUUAGAAUGAAUAUGAAGACGAAUGAAUAUCGGAUUGGAUGUAAACGCCAUUCAUAGAUAAUCAAUACUUCCAGGCCGGGCCAGUUAAUUCCUCACAAUGCGAAUCAUUGAGACCCCGUGAAUGACCUUUGAGAGCAUCAAAGACACCAUCCAAGGUGUAUUCCCUACACCCGUUCACUCAGGAGCUAUUCACCUGUCGCAUGCUGGAUGAUUCAAGUUUCUUCAAUAUUGACUAUCGUGUUGGCCGAAAGGGACCAGGGCUAUCCUGACGUUUAGUCGGAGAACUCAAAGAGGGUGUUGUGUUCUCCCUGAGAAUACCAUUCUACGCAGCUCAAUCACCUUUAUCCUAUCACCUUCGUCCCCAAUGGCUUUGGUGACUCUCAGUUCCCCCGCACUUAUGACAAGUGCCAUAAUUAUUUUGCUGAUUACUUCGUAUUUCUAUUAUCUCAAAUUCAGCAAUGGCCAUAACAGCAGUAAUAGGCAUACAAGCCAGGGAAAAACACAGCGUCAUGCCCACCUCCUCAUCGUCCUGGGCAGCGGCGGGCACACGGCGGAAAUGCUCGCCAUGCUAGAACAUGCUCCGUUGGAUGCGAAUCUCUUCACCUACCGCACCUAUGUCGUUAGCUCAGGGGAUUCCUUCAGCGUCCUCAAAUCUGUAGAAUUUGAGAAGCGCCUUCUUGAGCAGCAACAACGUUCUCUUCCUACAACUGCUGCUGCUGCUACUACCUCUAGAAAAGGAGAGCCCAUCCAGCCUCAGCCUACAACAAGGCGGACAAGCGACCUGCAGGAGGCGAAGGAUGACGAGCGGAAACAUCUAGAUUCUUCGGCCCUUAAAGCACUAUCAGAAUCACCUCCGUCAUCAUAUACAAUUAUCACAGUUCCUCGCGCAAGAAGGGUACAUCAAUCAUUCCUGACAGCGCCCAUAUCGACCCUCCAUUGCCUGUGGGUCUGCAUAUGUGUUCUCCGAGGCAAACAUCGCGAUCCGAAAAACAACAAUGAGAUGCCGCCUUCAUUAUCAACCUCAGCAGCUUCUUCAACUCCUACAGGACCGCCCACACCAAUCCCUUACCCUAACAUAAUCCUCACAAACGGCCCCGCCACCGCUGUCUGCGUCAUCCUGGCUGCCAAAAUGCUCCGUGCCGUCACCUCCAUCUCCACAUUCCUCUUUAUCUUCUUCCAAAAUCAAUCGUCCCAACAACUGCAGCCCUCCUCCUCCCACCACAGGGAAAGAUAUUUACGCACCAUCUUCAUCGAGUCAUGGGCACGUGUUACCACGCUUAGUUUAUCAGGAAAGAUAGUUCUGCCGCUUGUGGAUCGUUUUUUGGUGCAGUGGGAAGGGCUGGAAGGGUAUUCGAGCUGGUUUGGUGGCACGGCGGAGUUUGUGGGUGCGCUUGUUGUGUAGUGGUGAUGGGUGAAGCGAUAUUCAGUUGGGUCCUGAUGUAUUUUUUACAAAUUAUUUUUUCAUUUCCUCCCUCUUAAACACUCAACCUCAUGUCUGUCAUUUGAUUCUGCCAGAGAGAGUCUCUGACCCAAUUCUCCUCCGCCUACAGUAUAGCAAAGGCAAAGCCUGUAAGAUGUACAGUAGUGUUCAAGAAGUCAGUGUACUAGAUUAUUAUUAUUAUUCUUCAAUUAUAGAUGUAUGCAGUCAGAGACUAUAACAUCUACCUGAGAACUGAAAGAUUUUUCUAGUAAUUUUCAGCUAACUAAUAUACAUUUGUCAAUUUCAG